GCCAAUCAAACUAAAGGAAAAAAGUUGUACACGCUACACGUCCAAGAUGGCAACCCCCUAUGUGACAGAUGAAUCUGGGAAGUACAUUGCUGCCACACAGCGUCCAGACGGAACCUGGAGGAAACCUCGGAAAGUAAAAGACGGAUAUGUCCCCCAGGAAGAGGUUCCUGUCUAUGAAAAUAAAUAUGUUAAGUUCUUCAAGAGUAAGCCAGAUCUACCACCAGGAAUGAGUCCAGAGGACACACAUCAGUCCAAACAACCACAGCAGCCAAGGAUCCCUGGAAGUGUGGACAGGGAUGGUGAGAUUAUUGGGCUUUCCAAGACAGCCAAACGUAACAUCAAACGUAAAGAGAAGCGCAAGCAACAGCAGGAUGGUAAUGUUGAUGUGGGGACAGUGAUAGAUGCUGUUGAGAAUAUGGCAAUAUCAGAGGGGGAUGAUAAUGAGAAGCCCUUGCAGAACACACCAUCCUCCCCUGUUGGGACUUCUGAUGACCCCAUAACAGCAUUAACCGAGAAGGCCAAGAAGAUCAAAAAUCUCAAAAAGAAGCUGCGACAGAUUGAGGAUUUGCAGCAGAAAAUGGACUCUGGUGAGAUCAAGCAGCCCACAAAAGAGCAGCUCGAAAAGAUGGGUAGGGCCAAAGUCUUUCAGGAUGAGCUGCAGCAGAUUGAGAAAGAUUCUUGAGAAACUGUCAAAAGGGAUACCGUUGAAAAUACAAACACCCAGGUCUAAAAUAAAGGGACUUUUCCCUUGAAAAUAGAGUCUGUUGUUUGUUAUUCUUAGCCAGUCAACAUGAACUCUGCAAUUGGAAUGUCAAGUGAAGAUAAUUCACUGCUCAAGUUAUGUUCACAAUACAGAAUCAUAGCACAGACUACAAACUAGAUAAUACUUUUUUUUUUUUAUUGUACAAAUAAGUGGAGAUAUCUGUAUGAACCUGUUUGUUUUUUUUACUUGGACUGUGACUCUUGGCACACAAGUACUUGUAAAACAAAUGGCCUGUGCAGUGGUUAUUGUGCACUUACUUUCAUUUUUUUAAAAAACAUUAAACCGACUGUUGAAAAACUGAACUUUAAAUGUUCCAUAUUAGAGUUAUGUACUAAAGAUUCACAUUUUAAAUACCAGAGAACCUUAUUUGGGCUGAAUCUUAGUUUGAUCAUAAAAGCUGGGUGAUUGGAUGGCUUGAAAUGCAGAUUAAACCUUUCAUAUUGAAGAACUCUGUAAGACAUCUGGUUAUUGCAUUAAAACAGUAUACUACAGGAUUAUUUAUAAAUUGUUGUCUUGUGGUUCACUAGAAUCGUCACUGACCCUUUGGCCCUUUUCAUCCUUUAGUAGUUGAAGAAUACUUUUAGUUACAGUAUCCUUUGAUAUUGGUUAAAACCACAAAUUCUAGUUCACUUAUACAUUUUGUUUACAAGAAUAUCUAGACUUAUGGUAGACUAUGCUAUUCUGAAUUCAACAUGCUUCUCCAAUGAAAAAUGUUUGUUGAAAAUCUUUUAUUGGUAUUUCAAUAAAUACAUAGUGCUCUCUAGUGGUGAAAGUGGAUACUACUGCGGUAGUUUUAACAGUGCUGUUGUUUAACACACAUGACAUAAAAUGGUAUUCUGCAGACUGUGGUAAGGUACUUUGUAUGUUAUUGUUUUGUAUUGUACUUAGAUGUAAAUGUUGUAAUUGCUUGUUGUCCAUGGGUGGUAAUGUGGUUAGGUGUUGUUCUACAUAGUGCAGUUGCUCAUAAACAGUUUUUCAAUGUGAAAGGUGUUAUUAUCCCAAAAUAUAAAGCCAUGUAUAGUAAACAAUUCUAUAAUUCAUGUUACAUGUUAACCACAAGUAUCUUCUAUGAAUUCCAAGGAUACAUUUUGUGUUGUCUAAUGCUAAAUUUGGCCCCAUCCAAUAUACCCUACCCAGUUGUGUGAGAUUGGUGUUACACAACUCAUUGAAGAGUUCCAGCUGUGUCAGUGACUGAAAUGAGAUAUAUUGGAUUAUGUAUAUUUUGUGAUUUUAUUGAUUUAUCUUGA